AUGAGUCAGGUUAAGAACCUCCGCGCUAUGUUCGAGAACAAAGGCGACACGAGCCCUCCCGACAGAGGCCGAUCAUCAGGCGCCUCUACUCCCGUUCAAGGUACCAGCGGAAGUGAAUCACCUCGACCACUUUCUAAAGUGAGAACAAGCUUCGUUGCCAUCGAGAAAGACGGAAGGAUAGGCCUUCAAAGAAACCCCAGCCACGAAUCUAGCGUAUCCCGUCGCCGAUUAAGCAUGGACACCGACGCAGAAUCCGUUUCCACCAUCCCCGACAAGCCUUCUGCAUCUCUUGAGGAUGCACCCCGGGGAAACAAGCCAUUCUUCCAAGAGGCCAUCCCUGAGUCGCCUCGCCUACCAAUUGAUCCUCCAAAGACACCAACGGAGCAAACUGGAGCUGUCACUGAUCAGCCAAGUGUCAACCCGGACAAGCAAGUUGACCAGCAGAAGCUUUCGCCUUCAUUGCUGCCUGCAGAACCCGCUGUAGUGUCCCCAAAGAAGGAACCAGAGAAGGUACCGGAGAAGGAACUAGAGAAGGAAAACAAGCCUAUCACACCUCCUCCAGCUGCCAAUGGCGAGCCUGAGGCCAUUGCUGCGAAGGAGCCAGCUCCCAACGUAACCGCAAAGACCACUUCUCCUGUGAAGACCACCGCUACCACCGCCACAAAGAAGACGACUGCGACUCGACCCAGCACUAUCUCGACAAAGCCUGCUGCCACCAAGCCUGCAGCAAAAUCCCCUGCUCUUGCGAAGCCCACUACUACGAAGACUUCUGCGAGUACUGCACAUAAGCCUGAGCCAAAGCCUGCCCCAAAGACUGCUCCAGUCGCGAAGAAGGAGCCAAGACCAGCGUCCCGAACCACCCCAGCACCAAUAGCUACUCGCCCCAAUGUGGCCACCACGAGCAAGAAGCCUCAGCCACUGAAGCCUACUACUAGCGAUACUGGUUUUGUCAAACCCAAGCCCAAGUCUCCUACGAAGCCUGUGCAUCUUCCUGCGUCUCUCACGGCUCCUACUGCAGCCUCUGGAGCAAAGACAGGCCGCCAAGCUCGACCUACAGCUAGCUCUCAAACCCUCGGCGUCCCUGCUCGUCCUGUAAGCCGGGCCAGCUCGGCGGGAGCCGGUGCCAGUGCUGCCAAGAAAGUCAAGCGACAACCUUCAAGUGUUGGCCGCUCGCGACCAAGCCUGGGACCUCCUCCUAAGAAGCCCGCGGAACAGCCUCAAACGAAGAAAGAUGCGCCAGUUGACGAAAGCUUCCUUGCCCGCAUGAUGCGACCAACAGCAGCCUCAUCAUCAAAGACAGCUGAGAAAGUGCCUACUACACCACCUAAGAAGACGGCCAAGAGGUCAUCGUUCUCGGGAACAGACCCCAGACCCCGCGACAGCAGUGUCAAAGCCCCAGGAAGUGCCAGGAAGUCGUCUCGAAGGCCAAUCGGCUCGAAGCCCAAAUCUGGCUCAGUUGCCUCAGAUGAUAGCCAUACAGUCGAGACUGCUUCCGAAGAAAAGGCCUCUGAGCCUACCAAAUCGGACAACGUCGAGGUGCCCGUGAUCACUGAGGAGAUUCAAACCAACGAAGCUUUGAAAAAUUCGAAGAAAUCCGAAUCAGAGCUUGCCGUUGCUGAGAAAGCUUCUGAUGAAGCUUCGGAGCCCGCCAAACAAGAAACCCAGGGCGUUUCCCAGGAGUCUGCCAAGGAGAAGUCAGAGGAGACACGACCUGUCACCCCCGCCGAGGAACAGCCAAAGUCCGUCGAAAUCCCAGAGACCGCCGCGACUGCGAAGAGCGAGGUGUCUGCCGAGAAGCCUCUUGCCAGUGAGCCCGAAGAGUCUACAAAUAUCCCCGAGAAGCCUGUUGCCGACUCAGACAAGUCGACUGACGGCAUGGAUAUUGUUCCUUUAAUUGAGGAGAGCUCUGCUCAGCAACCUGUUGCUGUAGAGGAAACUAACGAGACGUCCACCGCUGAGCCGGAAUCAGAGACUAAGGAACCAGUCCUUCCCCUGCUGGAGAAGGACACCGAGCCGGCUGCCGAGACUGAGACUGUGGAGAAGCAGACCACUGAGAUUGAUACCGCAACCAAGAAUGAUACCAAAGAAGUCGCAGAGGCCACUGAUGCCGUCGAAGAGAAGGAUACCACCGGAGAGAAGAGCGACGACGAGAAGAAGCAAUAG